AUGUCUGAAGGUGAAUGGAAAUCUGCCUUAAAUCUACCAAAGAAGGAUUCUAGACCUCAAACAGAGGAUGUCUUGAAUACCAAAGGUAACACAUUCGAAGAUUUUUAUUUGAAAAGAGAAUUAUUGAUGGGGAUUUUCGAAGCCGGUUUUGAAAAACCAUCACCAAUUCAAGAAGAGGCGAUCCCUGUGGCGCUUGCCGGUAGAGAUAUAUUGGCCAGAGCUAAGAACGGUACCGGUAAAACCGCUGCUUUCAUUAUCCCAACUUUACAAAAGAUAAAACCAAAGGUGAACAAGAUCCAAGCGUUGAUCUUGGUGCCAACCAGAGAAUUAGCUUUACAAACCUCCCAGGUGUGUAAAACCUUAGGUAAACAUUUGGGGAUCGAGGCUAUGGUCACCACUGGUGGUACCUCUUUAAGAGACGAUAUUAUGAGAUUGAAAGAGCCUGUUCACAUAUUGGUUGGUACUCCAGGGAGAGUGUUGGAUUUGGCUUCCAGAAAAUUGGCUGAUCUUUCGGAAACCCCAUUAUUCAUCAUGGAUGAAGCCGAUAAGAUGUUGAGUAGAGAAUUUGUCACAAUUAUCGAACAAAUAUUGUUGUAUUUUCCAAAAGACAGACAAUCGUUAUUGUUUUCUGCCACUUUCCCAUUGGCUGUCAAAUCUUUUAUGGAUAAGCAUUUGACUAAACCAUACGAAAUCAACUUGAUGGAUGAAUUAACCUUGAGAGGUAUCACACAAUACUACGCUUUUGUUGAAGAAAAACAAAAGUUGCACUGCUUGAACACAUUAUUUUCAAAAUUACAAAUCAACCAAUCGAUUAUUUUCUGUAACUCAACCAACAGAGUGGAAUUGUUGGCUAAGAAGAUCACCGAAUUGGGUUACUCUUGUUAUUUCUCUCAUGCCAGAAUGCCACAAAGCGCCAGAAACAAGGUUUUCCACGAAUUUAGACAAGGUAAAGUCAGAAACUUGGUUUGUUCCGAUUUGUUGACUAGAGGUAUUGAUAUUCAAGCGGUUAACGUUGUCAUCAACUUUGAUUUCCCAAAGACUGCCGAAACAUAUUUGCAUAGAAUUGGUAGAUCUGGGAGAUUUGGUCAUUUAGGUUUGGCCAUCAACUUGAUCAACUGGAAUGACAGAUUCAACUUGUACAAGAUUGAACAAGAAUUGAGUACUGAAAUCCAACCAAUUCCUGCCACAAUUGAUAAGAGUUUGUAUGUUGCUGAAGACAAUGAAGCUGUCCCAAGACCAUUUGCCCUCGAACAAUUGCCAAAUGCCAAUACCACCACAAGUUAUAGCAACCAAAGACGUAAUUAUAACAAUAAUAACAGACAGUACAAUAACCAUCAAGGCUAUCAACACCAACAACAACAACAACAGCCACCACAACAACACCAACCUCAAUAUUAA